GGUAGAGGAAUGACACUUUCCUUGAGCUAUUUUAAAUGAAAAAGCACUCCAUUCACUGGAAACACUAAGCCUGUCUGUCUCUUCUUUUUUCACUUGAAAAUGUAAGCAUGUGAUCAGCACAGGAGAAAUAUUUUAGCCUGCUUUUUUCGCUUCAUUUUCAGUGGAGUCGACAACAGCCGCUGAUCGCUGUUUAACACGAGGGUCGAAAGAGGUCUUUUGUACUAAGGCUACAGUACCAAAAAAAAACAACGUUGUAGAAUGGAUAAGAAAUUGGACCUAUCCAGACUCACAGAUGAGGAGGCCAAGCACGUGUGGGAGGUGAUCCAGAGAGAUUUUGAGCUUAGGAAGAAAGAGGAGGCGAGACUCGGGGAGUUAAGGACAAUAAUUGAGAAAGAAGACACAAAGCGAGAGCUCCUGAGCUCUCAGUCCAGCCUCACUGAUUCCCACUGCAUCCGCUGCCUGCAGCCUUUCAAGUUCCUGGUGAACAGCAAGCGCCAGUGUCUGGACUGCCAUCUCUACAUCUGCAAGACUUGCAGCCGUUACAGUACAAAGGAGCAUGGCUGGGUGUGCGAUCCAUGCCGAAUGUCCAGGAUACUAAAAAUUGGAACCCUGGGCUGGUAUCACGACAACAUACGCUCUCGCUUCAAGCGCUUCGGCAGUGCCAAAGUGAUGAGGUCGCUUUACAAGAGAUUAAAUGAAGAGGGUCGCCGUGACGAUGACGUGCAAUCCAUGCCUGACGUCCACAAUGUAUACAAUGGCCAUGAUGAUGAGCAUAUGGAUGCAGUGGAAGGACAGCGCUAUAAACAGAUGCGAAAGACAAAACGUCUACUUUCUGUCCAUCCUAUGGACCUGGAAAUAGAUGAGUACGGCAGCCAUUCCCGGCGACAUUCUAUGCAGUAUGUACAAGAUGAACGUGGAGUGCUGCGGAAUGAUUUGGAAUACAGCGCUGACAUGUACCAUCACCAUCACCACCGCAUGAGUCGAAGGAAGAGUCUGGAUCGUUUCUCACGACCAGAUGAUGGCAUGUAUUCUGAGCACAGGAUGGUCCGUGCUCGCUCUCUAUCCAAGAUCCCUGCGUUACCACAACGCUCCUACUAUCUGGACACCUCAGAGGAGGAGGAUGCUUAUCGCGUCCCCGUCUAUCAACUCCCAUCACGCCGCCGCAGCCGGGCCUCCUCUCAGGAAAACAUCACUCACAACACUCCUCCAAUUAAUGAACUGAAUAAGAGAAUGUUUGCCAUUGAGAGUCUCCUGAAUCGACUGGAGGAGAAGAUGGCUUUGCCAAAUGAUCAGCAGGCGCAAGUCUCAGCAAGCCAGCUGGAAGAGGAGAAGCUGAAAAAAAAGCUGGAUGAGCUAAUGAGUGACAGAGUACUGUCUUCAGAUGAGGAUGAGCCAAAGAAACUCACUCAACUCAAGGGGCCUGGUGUAAGAGGUGUCCAACACACAGAACAAGCAUCAGCAGUACAGGAAGCAGCCUUGAGCUCCUCUAGUGAUGAGAUGCCUACUGAGACUCAGAAGAGAUCCACCGCAGCGGCUCUAUGCGACAUCACAACCGAGAUUCUAAGAACCAUUAAUGCCACAGAAAAUGCUAUGAGCGAGUUGGCCCCCUCAAACCCUAAUGACAGACCUCAGUUAGCGGGCACAGACGUAAAGCAAGCUGAUGCUGCUUACAGGGAGCUUGAGGAAAAUGUAUAUCUGACAGCCGGGAAGUCGUUUGACAUGGAGAGGAAGUUGAGGCAGAUUGAACGGAGUGCUAAGAACCAUUACACAGGCCCUCUCACUGACUCUGAACUCUCUGAGCUGGAGGAUCAGCUUGCAGCAGCUGCUGCUAAAGUGCAGAACACAGAAAGUGAGGUGUCGGACAUUGAGAAUAAAAUCACUGUUCUUCAUGCAUCAGGAUUAUCAGUAGAUAAAGCCAAGAAAAAGGCAUCACACAUACAAAAAGGAAGAAAGUCCCAAGACCCUUUUAAAUAUAAAUAGAGUACAUUGUUGAACCUGAACAUGAAGGGAGCGCUGUUUUAACAGUCAUUUUCUACAGCUUUACUUCACACCACUGCUUUAACAACAUUGCUGUACUUUGUACUGUUGUUCUAGUUUUCCUUAUACCCAGAGGAAGUAUUGUAAUCUAGCACAAGGACCUUUUUCCUGUCCUUUCCACACAUUCGCUGUGACGUAUAAAAAUACAUGAGACAUGCUAUUGUAAAUCUUUCCUCUAGCUUUGACUAAUAAGUUAUGAAAGUUGGCAUGAAUGUUUUCUUUCUUUGGAGUAAAAGAAAUGUGUGUAAACAAAUGCUUAAGCAGAUUCGCAUGAAAACCUUAUUUGAAUAUCAGUAGCAUUCAGUGUAUGGUUUUCUCUAACAUUAUGAUUAAAUUUAUAUUAUAUUUAUAAACCUCUCAUUUGACUGCUGCUCUAAAGCACAUGUUCCUGGUGUAAGGACUGCACAGACAGCAUCAUGUCCCUCGACCCAACCCAGAUUGCAUCCUCUGUAUUGAGUUUCAGUAGCUUCACAGGCUAAACACACAUUUUAACAAUAAGUAACUCAUUCAUUCAUAAUUCAUUGGGUUUAUUGAUCAGCUUAGGACUUGCAGAGGGCUACUACUAAACAUGUACAUUUAUUCAAAAGUGCUAGUUCACUGGUGGACCAGCAGCAGGAUCCUGAUUUCUGGGCAGGGAACUAACCCAGCUACUGAAGGGUUAACUCUCAGUGCCAGUUCCAAGCCUGGAUAAAAUGGUAGGGUUGUGUCAGGAAGAGCAUCUGGCAUAAAACCUGUGCCAAAUCAAAUAUGUGGACCAGAUGAUCCGCUGUGGUGACCCCAAACAGGGAGUAGCUGAUGGAACAAUAACAUUCAAAAGUGCAAGCUGUUUGCUGGUAGCAUUAAAUUUUACAACAAUAGUAAGUACACAAUAUUUACGUUAUGUGGUACAAUUAAUUGCAAACUGUGUAUGCAUACUGAAUACAUAGUGACAGUGUAAGAUUAUAUACAUGUAUGAAUACAUUGUAACAUUGUAAAUGUAUUAAUCACUCAGAAAUGGAGAACUGGAAAGUAAUUUCCAGUGCAAACUUGGUGCACACAUUCAUAGCAAUUUAUAGUGAAAUUACUAAUGCUAAUAAGCACUGGUCAAUACAUACAACAGUACCUGACUUGCCUAUCUAAGGUGUGUAUGUGUAUAUCCUUCAAAGGGUCAUGGGGGACCCAGCCUAUUCCAGAGACCAACCCAUCUCACUCUCUCUCUCUCUCUCUCUCUCUGUUUCACACACACACACAGAGUAAGAGAGAGAGAGAGAGAGAGAGAGAGAGAGACCAGAGGCCAACAACCCAUGUCUCUCUCUGUUUCUCUGUUUCUCUGUUUCUCUCUCUCUCACACACACACACAGAUAGAU